AUGAAAAAUUAUUUAAUAAUUUUUCAGGAUUCUUCCAAUCAACUAAAUCAAUUAAAAAUGUCCAAAAUUGAUCAAGCACCUAUAGAAAUUAAUUUACCAACUUCGAAAAUAUUGUCAACUAAAAUUAAAAUUUUCAUUCGUUUGCGAUCUCUUAGAUAUUUUUUUACUUUUCUGCUAGUUCCUAUUGUUUUGGCACCAAUUCCAUUGAUUAUUGGCACACCGCCAGCUUCUUGUGCUUAUGUAAUUCUUGUAAUGGCUUUCUUUUGGUUAACUGAGACAAUUCCUUUGCCUGUUACUUCUUUAAUUCCAAUAUUUGCUUAUCCAUUACUUUCUGUUGAAUCGGCGGAGCAAGUUUCUUCAGUUUAUCUAAGCGAUUCAAAUAUGAUUUUCUUUGGGUCAAUGGUUAUGGCUGUUGCGGUAGAAUCUUCUCGUUUACACGAGCGUGUUGCUCUGCGAACACUGUGUUUUACCGGUGCUAAUCCUCGCUUUUUAAUGCUUGGAUUGCAAAUUGCAACAGCUUUUAUUUCUUUGUGGAUGUCAAAUACUUCAACUACUACUAUGAUGCUGCCCCUGGUGCUUGCGCUUAUUAAAGAAUUGGAUAUGUGUGAACGUUUAGAGAAUAAUCCAAUUCCUCAUGUUGCAUCAAAGGAUUCAAUAGAAAAUGUUUCUCAAGUUUUGGUCCUUUCCGAUUCCAAACAACAACAACGUAUUUAUAAAGGUCUUUUACUUUCAAUUGCUUAUGCUUCUGCUAUUGGUGGAAUUGGUACUUUAAUUGGUACGGGAUCAAAUAUUGCCAUGAAUAACCAUUUUCAAAGUAUUUAUGGAGAUAAGAAUCCAGUUUCCUUCUUUUCAUUUAUUUGUUAUGCUUUACCUCAGGUUUUUUUAAAUUUUAAAAAAAUUUUAAAAAAUUUUCAGGUGAUUAUUCUUUUGAUAAUUUGUUGGAUUUGGCUGCAAUUUUUAUUUAUUGGAUUUAGAAAAAAUAGCAAGAAAAAUCAGAUUGUGAAUGAUAUGCUUUUAAAUAAAUAUAAACAACUUGGACCAAUACGUUAUGAAGAAAUUACUGUUGUAUUGUCAUUCUUGGCUUUAAUAAUUCUUUGGAUGACACGUCCAAUUUGGCACAAAAUGUUUAGGCCAAAUUAUGUCACUGACGGAACUUCAGCAAUGCUAAUUUCCAUGUUGCUUUUUGUUUUGCCAGCAGAAAAUCCAUUUUCAUCAAAGAUUGUUGACAGACUUAUCGAACACAAAAAAGAUGAGCCUAUUCGUACUGUAAUGACUUGGAAGUUAAUGAGGGAAAAAUUUUCUUGGUCAACCCUCUUUCUGUUGGGAGGUGGAUUUGCUAUGGCUGACGGAGUAAAGAAAAGUGGUCUUUCUGAAUUGAAUGCAAUGGUUGCCUCCUUGGACAUUCAUAGCCUUUUCUAG